AAGAAGGGGCAUAUCCGUAAACAGAAAAAAUAAAAUCUAAUUGCAUCUAUAUAUAUAUAAUAAUUUCAUUUUCGCUUCUCUAUUUUUCCUUGAAAACCAACCAAAAAGGUCCAACUAAUUUCUCUUUGGUUUCGUUCUUUCACUAGAUCUCUCAUGGCUUCCUGCAUCGCUCCCGUUUCCAUCUCAGGUGGUUCUCAUCUUCAGGCAAGUGAAAUUUGUUUCGCUAAGUCCAGCACCUUUGGCAAAACACCAAGUUUGGCAGUUCAGAGGAAACCAAUGGCAUCCAACCAUCGGUUUUCUGUUUGUGCAGAGUACCGUGAUGGCACCAAGGGUGGAGGAAACGAUUUUGCUGCUGGUUUUCUUUUAGGAGGUGCUUUAUUUGGAACUCUGGGAUAUAUUUUUGCACCACAGAUUAGAAGAUCCCUGUUAAAUGAAGAUGAAUAUGGAUUCCGGAAGGCAAAGCGACCAAUUUACUAUGAUGGAGGUUUAGAGAAAACGAGGCAGACCCUGAAUGCAAAAAUCCGCCAACUCAAUUCUGCGAUUGACAAUGUAUCCUCGCGUUUGAGAGGUGGAAACAAUUCACCAAGUGUGCCGGUUGAGACAGACCCUGAAGUAGAAGCUACUAUGUAAGACAUAUUUCAAUGUGAUUAGUCAUGAAGUUCCAAGUUUACAGUGAUUGAUGGAUUUACCUGUUCUGCUAUGAAUUCUGAAUUCCAAGUGUUUGAGAAUUUUAUACGGGAUUAAUGCAGUUUUGUUAUGUUUUUAGUGUUUUUUUUCUCUUUCCGGGAUCGAAUGAAUGAGAUUAGCGUAAACGAGAGAAAGAAAUUAUGUAAUUAAGCUUGGAUCCAGAAUUUGCCUGGGAUGGGAUGUGGCAUAUAAAAUUGUACUGCAGCAGGCAUUCUGUUACAUUUGUGAAUCUACUACUCAGGAUUUCAAUGUUGGGUUGGAA